AUGCAGCUUUACCUCAUUCUUGUUCUCAGCCUUAUUGGCUUCGCUGCUGACAUCAACUGUGAUGACGAUCCCUGCCAAAAUGGCGGCACCUGCAAGACGUUCCUAUUUAAAUCCUACUGUUCCUGCCCAUUGGGUAUCCAUGGUGACCGCUGUGAAAUCAACGCAUGCGUAGACGCGGGAGAUCCUUGUCAGAACGGCGGGACUUGCAACAACAACAUUCUGUCUCAAGGGUACACGUGCCUGUGCCCGUUUGGCACCAACGGCCAACACUGUGAAAACGUUCCGUGUCAGGGUGAUCCCUGUGAGAACGGUGGAACUUGCUACCCGAGCCUCUUUGAUAACACCUUCACCUGCAGCUGCACCAACGAAUACUACGGGGACACCUGCAGCACUCGUAAUGAUUAUUGCGAUGCUGCCCCUUGCCAGAACGGCGGAUCUUGUUAUGUUUAUGGAGACCAGCAAGCGUGCGUCUGCCCUGACGCGAUCAACGGUGAUACCUGCCAAUACGACCCUUGCGGUCCCAAGCCGUGCCAGAACGACGGCAAAUGUGUGCCGGGACAAGACGGCGCUCACACCUGCCUCUGCCCGCUAGGCUUCCACGGUGACGACUGUGAAGUCGGUAAAUAUCCAUGA